AUGGCGCCACGGCCCGAGGGGCCCUUGUGGAGCCUGUUCGUCGAGUACCCGCUCUGCGACGCGAUCUUCGACGACCAGCGGCUUGUCAUCGAGGACCUCUUGCACGGCGGCGGCGCUCGCUCGGUGGUCAGCGUGGACCAGCUGUUCGACGGCGCCUUCCUGCGCGUGGUUGUCCCCAGGAGGAGGAUCUUCGUGAGCCUCCAGGGGGCCGACGCGCCCGAGAGGGCCGUGGCGUGGUUCCCUGGCUCCGAGGCUGAGCAGAUCGAGAGCGCCAUCGCCAGGGCCUGCGGCCUGCCGCCCGGGACGGCCGUGGAGCUCCUGGACGGCGACGCUGCGGUGGUGAUCUCGCCUACGAUCCCCAACGAUUCGGUGCUGAAGAACCCGAUGACGGACCAGGAGGCCUGA